UUCCAUUCUGAUCGAAUGGUCGUCAUUGUCCAGGUCUUCUGUCGGUUCCUACGACCCGGGUCGGGUCCUCUGCGACCCGCCCGCUGUGAGGUACGCGGAUCCGGUCGCGGAAAUGACCAUCCUACCCUUAAUGAAGGGCUUUUUAGUCUUUUUGCAGGGGGGUUAUACAUAUACCCAUCAACGAGAUACCUAAUUGUGUUCGAUGACAUAUGGGAUCAGAGAUGUUGGGAAGAGGUGAGAAACUAUUGUCCAGACAAUAGUAAUGGAAGUCGGAUCAUCAUAACAACUAGGCUAGAACAAGUAGCUGAAUACGCCCGACUCGGAGAAUGGCAUUUUAAAAAGAGGUUCCUGAAUCAACAAGAAAGUUGGCUUCUUUUUUGCGAUAAGGUGUUUGGUGGAGACCAUUCAUCAUGCCCUCCUGAACUUGAGAAAGCUGGAAGGAAGAUUGUCAAGAAGUGUGAAGGACUUCCUCUCACAAUCAUUGCAGUUGCCAGACACCUACACGAUGCCGAGAGGACGCCAGAGUACUGGAAGCAGGCAACCAAGAAAGUGCAUACAGCCAUCAUCGGUGCAGACAAGGAAGCAUCAGAGGGUCUUGGCCCCAAGCCUCCUGCUCCAUUUUUCCCAGUGUUUCUUAGAAAGUUAACACUCGGUGGACUUGGACUUCCUUGGGAAGAAAUGAAUCUUAUUGCUUGUUUGCCGAAUCUUGAGGUGCUUAAACUACGAUGCUACGCCUUUCGAGGGCCGGAAUGGGAAACUUUUGAGGGGGGAUUCUUGAAACUUAGAGUUCUUCUAAUUGAAGACACUGACUUGGAAUACUGGAGAGUUGGUUGUUUUGAUUUCCCAUGUCUUCAGCGCUUACUCAUUCACCACUGCUACAAAUUGAAAGAGAUCCCUCGAAGCAUUGGAGAACAUGUAUGCCUUGAAAUGAUAGAGAUAGUUGAUGGCACCCCUUCUCUUGUGGCUUCAGCAAAGCAAAUACAACACGCCUGGGGAUUUGCUGGUCUGGAAGUUUGUGUGAAGAGCUCUCUGGAGGAGAAUGGCAAAGGCAAGUAGUCAGAGUAGGUUCAAAGGCAAGUCAAAAUCGGACUUGCAAACUUUAUUCAUCUUCUACUUUGUAACAGAAAUUUUGUUGAGAGUCGACAUUCAGUUUGCGUG